GUUAAUAAGAGGGUACAUUAAUGGCAACAAAGGUUACCGUUAGAAAACCUACCCAGGAAUAAACUUCAAAGAGAAUGUUUCAUUACAGGACAGGAUGUGUGCCGAGCGCAAAGAGAUUUUUAUUACAUAAACCCGUUUUUAAACCAGUCUUUUUCCAAAUAUACUACUUCAAGUGAGUUUGGUCCAUAAGAAGAUGUAACCCUUGACAUUGGAUAUAAAUGUAUUCUCAGUCAAAUAUAUUACUCACAUAGCCACAGAUGAUCUCUAGACGCGUUUGACGUUUCAAACGUUCACCAGCAAUAAUGGCCGGCAACUGCGGAGAGCAGGUCCAUGUCGAUGUUAGUAUGAAUAACUUUCCGGGAAUACGUAAAAUUCUUCCUGGCUGGGAAAUAGGUGUGAAGGUUACCAUAUUGGCUAGUAUGGAACUGAUAGCCAUUGUAGGAAACAUACUCAUCAUCGUGAUUGUCUGGCAGAACAAGAAGAUGAGGACGGUUACCAACUACUACAUAGUCAACAUGGCGGUGAGUGAUCUGUUCGUCGCCUCAUUCUCAAUCUGGAUGCAUCUGGUGGACGAUGUGACCGAGGGCUGGGCCGUCGGUGGGUUCUUGUGUAAAUUUAACCCAUUCGUCCAAAUUACAGCGAUGUGUGCUAGUGUAUUUACACUGAUGGCCUUGGCUGGUGACAGAUUUUUCGCCAUCAUGUUCCCACUUAAGUCGAGAGUAACUCAGCGGAAAGUGAGCAUUGUUGCGGUAUUAGUUUGGCUUUGUGCCACCUCAAUUGGCAUGCCCGUGCUUUUCGUGUAUACGUACACUGAACGUCAUUGGAGUGACUUUACGGAGAAGUUCUGUACUGACGUUUGGCCGGGAGUACGUGAGGCAGACGGGGACUGUGACAGUGGAAGACAAUCCCGUCGUGCAUUUUGGACAUGCGUAGUUGUUGUUCUCAACUGGAUUCCAAUGCUCGUAAUGACAAUAACGUACACCGUCCUCUUUGUAAGACUCCGCAAACAGAAAAUAGUACCAAGUACUGGGUCAAUAUCAAUAUCAACAGUUCAACAAAGGUCAAAGAAAAAGGUAGUGAAGAUGUUAUUUGCAGUCCUCCUGGCGUUCAUAUUCUGUACUAUUCCUUUCCAAGUAGCAAGAUUGUACGAGCUUUACAGGGAGGUGGAAGAUUAUACAGGGAACAGCAAGCUACCAGUUUGGUAUAAACCGUUGAAUUUCGCCGCAGUUACACUGCUUUAUGCCAACAGUGCUAUCAACCCUAUGGUGUACGGUGGAAUGAACGAAAACUUCCGAAAGGGCCUCAAAGACCUUAUCAGUGGUAUAUUUAACAAACAUAAGACAAACAGGAGUGACUCCGGUCGGAGCCUAAAUGUCUCCGAGACUAGACAAUCUGUGAUCAGUAAAUAUAACGGUAAUAUGCACAGAGAUUCGAUACAAGCGUUUUCAAACGCCGAAUUUCAAGAGGAAUCUGACACUUCGGAUAAAGUGAACGGUGUAAGUCACAAAGAGAGUGAUAUCAAAAUUCUGGAUGGAUGUAUUAACCCGUCUAUGGAGUUAUAACCAAAUGGACUGGACGGUGCUUAUUGUGCUGGCUUCCUAUCUUGAUGUUUCACAUCAUUUUCAAACAAAACAAGGUAGUGAAACGGACAGAUUAGUUAUUUUUAUUAAAGGGUACUGGCUCAUCAAUUUUAAAGUUUCUGAUAUCCUUUACUUCAUAAACAAUCAUUCAAAGAUGUGAAGUUUAUCUAUUAUUCAAAAAAUAAAAUAAAACAAGAUAAAAUAAAAUGAAAUAAUAAAUAAAGAAAAGAAAAAUAAACAAACCAAUAUGACGUCACUUCAGUUAAAGACAGACGAAAUCACUAUAAAAUGAACAAUAUUGUUACAUUCGCAUCGUCAUUUCCGGGCUUCCCAUAUUGAGAUACGGGGUUUAUCCCUGCCUAGCUCAUAUGUACGAAAGACUCUAAAGUAUUUUCAUGAACCUUAUUUUUGCUGUCUUUAGCACUUAUUUAAAGCCUAAAAUGAAAUAAAAUACCAUCUUAACAUUAAACUUUUUGAAUAGUCACAAUAAAUAGCAAGAGUGGUAAAGUAGCCAUUUAUUAUUAUGUUCUAUUGAUUUAAUUACAUUUUUGAAAGAAAUUAAAACAAAACAACAUUGUUUUAUACAUUGUACCUUGAAAACAAACAGUAAAUUAAAGCAGGCUGUAUAUCUCCACAAGAAUGCCACUCUGUUGUAUCAGAUUUUUCAUAAUCAGAGUUUGAACCAUUGGAGAAACAUUUCAGUAUGCAUUUUUUAGUCCUAUUCGGUAAAUAAGAAUAAAAUAAAAAUAAUAAUAAUGGCUUAAAUAACAGAUAUAAUCUACAUUUGCAUUACGGCACUUUAAGAAAGCAAGCCCAUUUUUACAUCUUUGGUAUCGUAUCAACGGAGGUUGAUGAUACUUUAAACCUGAUGAGCCAUUAUCCUUAAUGUACAUAUGGACUGUGUAAAGCCAAAUAUUUCGAAGUAAUGCCAAUCAUAUAUGCUGAAAAAACACGCCUAUGUAGAAGGGAAAAUUGCCAAUUAUAUACUAUAGUAUAGUAUGCUGUUAAAGGUCAAUUAAGAGCAGAUUCACUCAGUGGUGUUGACAUUCUUAGAGUUAUUGACCUUAAAUUCUUCACGGGAGACAUAGGUGGUAAGGUAUGACAAUUACUAUUAUAGUGAACUGUCGCCUAGAGUAUGUUAGAAGUGAUCUCUAGUGACAAGCAAGAGUUAGAGUACAACCAUAUCUAGAUAACUGAUAUGCAGAAAUAUAUGAUUGACCACCUGUUAGGGUGUGAUUGAAGGACAACCCAUAAAUAUGUGAAGAUAUAGGUAAUGUACAACAUAGACGAGUAUAUAAGCUUAUGAACGUCUUUAUUAUCAACAAUUAUCACAGAUAUUCAUAUUAUUUCGCUUCUUAUACCCUUUGUCAAAUAUAGUAUACUGAAAAAAAUAUAGUUAGGGAAUAUAUACUUGUACUUUGAUAAACGUUAGGGAAUGGUGCCUAUUCCUGUAGUUUUGUGUUUAAUAUGUUAGUCGAAGAUAUGAACAAACAAAGUAUUGCUACGAUGUUAGAGAGGUAAAUGGUUUAAAUGUCUAUUACAAUCAUUUAUUGUUUUAUUACAAUGUUAAUCUCUAGUAAAUCACUUUUUACUCUGGUUUGAUGGCAAUUAAAUGAACUCUUUAGUGAGAAUAUUCGCCUAUUAUGUUUUACUAUUAUUUUAAAGCUAAGAUAUACCACGAAAACUCAGGCUUGAACGC